UUCUGUCAAGCUCCUCCUUCUCGCAAGAGAACUCUCCUUUUCGUCUCCCUCCCCUCUACUCCACCAUCUCGCCUCCUCGCCCUCUCGCGCUCCAGAUCGACCCCCUCCGCGUGAAUUCCACGGUUUGAUCUCCGCGGCUCCCUCCCGGAGCGCCUCCCAGCAUUCUUUUGGCUAUCCUUUCAAAAAUAAUUACGCAAGGUUUAUUUAACAUCGAGGAUGUCGGUUUCUAUGAAGGAUUUGGACCCAGCUUUCCGUGGUGCUGGGCAAAAGGAAGGCUUGGAAAUAUGGCGUAUUGAGGAUUUUAAGCCGGUUCCUAUCCCUUCGUCUUCACAUGGGAAAUUUUUCAUGGGUGAUUCUUACAUCAUCUUGAAGACUACUGCCUUGAAAAAUGGUUCUCUUCGUCAUGACAUUCAUUACUGGGUUGGUAGAGAUACUAGUCAGGAUGAAGCUGGAACUGCAGCAAUCUUAACAAUAGAGCUUGAUGCUGCCCUCGGAGGACGUGCUGUUCAAUACCGAGAGGUACAAGGCAAUGAAACAGAGAAGUUUCUCUCAUAUUUUAGACCAUGCAUCAUGCCACAGCCAGGAGGAGUGGCAUCUGGUUUCAAGCAUGUUGAGGUCAACGAGCAGGAGCAUACCACCCGUCUGUAUGUCUGCAGCGGGAAGCGCGUUGUUCAUGUUAAAGAGGUUCCUUUUGCUCGAUCAUCCCUUCACCAUGAUGACAUAUUUAUUCUGGACACAAAGUCAAAAAUCUUCCAGUUCAAUGGAUCAAACUCAUCCAUUCAAGAGCGAGCAAAAGCUCUUGAAGUUGUACAAUACAUCAAAGAUACAUUCCAUGAGGGCAAGUGUGAAGUUGCUGCUGUUGAGGAUGGCAGGAUGAUGGCUGAUGCUGAAGCUGGUGAAUUUUGGGGUUUUUUUGGUGGCUUUGCCCCUCUUCCAAGGAGGGCAUCUGUUGACAAUAAUGAGAAAGAUGAGGAAACAAGUUUGAAAUUGCUUUGUUUUAACCAAGGAAAGCUAGACCCUAUCAAUUAUGAAUGCUUGGCUCAUGAACUGCUUGAGACAAGCAAGUGUUACUUGCUAGACUGUGGUGCCGAAAUGUUUGUUUGGAUGGGCAGAACUACGACUUUGCAAGAAAGGAAGGGUGCAAGUGAAGCUGCAGAGAAAUUGCUAUCUGAUGCUAACCGAACAAAAACACAUGUCAUCAAAGUGAUCGAGGGAUUUGAGACAAUUACGUUCAAGUCAAAAUUUAAAGAGUGGCCACAGACACCUGACUUGAAACUGUCAUCUGAGGAUGGAAGAGGCAAAGUUGCAGCUCUUCUCAAACGUCAGGGUUUAAAUGUUAAAGGCUUGAUGAAAGCUGCUCCUGCAAAAGAAGAACCUCAACCCUAUAUUGAUUGCACAGGCAGUUUGCAGGUCUGGCGUGUAAACGAUAAGGACAAGACUAUACUGUCAUCUUCUGAUCAAUCCAAGUUUUACAGUGGCGAUUGCUACAUAUUUCAAUAUAUGUAUCCUGGAGAUGAUAAGGAUGAAUGUCUUAUCGGAACUUGGUUCGGGAACAAGAGUAUAGAGGAGGAUAGGGUAACAGCACUUGCCCUUGCUAGGAAGAUGGUUGAGUCCACAAAGUUUCAGGCUGCCCAGGCACACCUGUAUGAGGGAAGAGAACCGAUUCAGUUCUUUGUCAUAUUUCAAAGUUUCCAAGUGUGCAAGGGUGGUCUUAGCUCUGGAUACAAGAAAUUCAUUGCUGAAAACGGUAAUGAGGAUGACACUUAUUCUGAAGAUGGACUUGCACUUUUCCGAAUUCAAGGUUCAGGACCGGAAAAUAUGCAAGCAAUUCAAGUUGACUCUGUGGCCUCAUCUUUGAAUUCAUCCUACUCUUACAUUCUACAUGAUGGGAACACUGUGUUCACUUGGACUGGAAACCUUACUACUGCAUUAGAUCAAGGGUUAAUUGAGAGGCAGUUAGACAUGAUUAAGCCAAAUCUUCAGUCCAGGUCACAAAAGGAAGGGUCAGAAACGGAUCAGUUUUGGAGCUUACUUGGAGGCAAGUUUGAGUACUCAAGCCAGAAAAUAGGAAGAGAAAAUGAAAGUGAUCCCCAUCUGUUCUCAUGUAUCCUCUCCAAAGGCAAUUUGAAGAUAAAAGAAAUAUACCACUUUACUCAAGAUGAUCUGUUGACAGAAGAUGUUUUCAUUCUGGACUGUCACUCAGACAUAUUUGUUUGGGUUGGCCAGCAAGUAGAUGUUAAAGUAAGAUUGCAAGCUUUGGAUCUUGGAAAGAAAUUCCUUGAGCUCGACUUUCUGAUGGAAAAUCUCUCCCAUGAGACACCGAUCUUCAUUGUUACGGAGGGAAGUGAGCCUCCCUUUUUCACGAGGUUCUUCAAAUGGGAUUCAGCAAAAUCACUGAUGCAUGGCAAUUCAUAUGAGAGGAAGCUCGCCAUUGUAAAGGGUGGAGGCACUCCAGCUCUAGAUAAACCAAAACGACGAACACCAGCACUUUCAGGAAGAAGUACUGGACAAGAAUCCCAGCGCUCUAGGAGCAUGUCCUCUAGCCCAGAACGUUCCCGUGUUAGGGGAAGAUCUCCAGCAUUCACUGCAUUGGCUUCUACCUUUGAAAGUGCAAACACCAGAAAUCUUUCCACCCCUCCACCUGUAGCCAAAAAGCUUUACCCGAAAUCCGUCACACCAGAUUCGUCAAAUACAUCUUCCAAGUCAUCUGCACCUGCAGCUCCCACUGGUUCCUCUAAUCGGCCUACUCAAGCUCCCCCAUCAAAAUCAGUAAAAGAUGGCUCCGAGUUGGAGAAGCCAAAACAAGAGGAAGCUGCAAAAGAAGGCACUGACACCAUGACCGGUAAACUUGAAUCUCUUACUAUUACUGAAGAUGCAAAAGAAGAUGAGCCAGAAGAUGAUGAGGGGCUCCCGAUUUAUCCAUAUGAUCUCCUUAAAACCACAGCUGCUGAGCCUGUCACUGAAAUUGAUGUUACCAGGCGUGAGACCUACUUAUCUUCGUCUGAGUUCAAAGAGAAGUUUGGAAUGGCAAAGGAAGCAUUUAGCAAGCUUCCGAAGUGGAAGCAGAACAGGAUGAAGAUAGCGCUUCAUCUCUUUUAGCCUGGUCUUAUGCUUCUGACCAUGGGGUCAUGUGCAGAACUCAACCACCACCCUUGGCAAUACAUCAAUUUUCGUGUUGCCCUGGAUGAGUGCUCCAGUUUUCCUGGUCCAAGUCUUUUUUUGGUAGGUCCCGCAUAUUCUUUCAAUUCAUAGGCGUGAUCUUACUGUUUCCCUUCGGUUAGGGGUCACACAGGUUUGAUUGUCAGGCUUGCAAUUUUGUAUUAACAUUGCCUUGGUGAGUUUCUUUUUGGGGGCUUUGCAUUUGAGAUGAGUUUCAGUCUGAGUAAACGGGAAUAUGUAUGUACAGCAGAGUGCUGACAGUGUAAAGUAUCAAUUUGGUUGCCUUUUAUCGAUAGUACUCCGUAUUUGAUUUUGUGUGUGCAAUAUGAGAUCAGUUGUCAGAGAAUUCUUUGA